CAGGGUUCGUCCUCGCUCGCCGUGUUUGGAAUUUCCUUAAAAGGACCGGUUUUGCCCACGUACCUCCGUCAGCUCAACUCCCCUCACCUCGACUACUCAGAACAAGCAACAUAUACAUCUCACCAAAAGCAAUCAGUACCAAUUCAAGGAUCAAUACCCAAUCUAACCUUCAACAAUGGCACCUUCCCUGCACCCACUCAUUGACAACGGUCUCACCAAAGGAGACCCCAACUUCUCCGGCGGCACCCUCAAAUGCCACUGCAAGACCAACCCCGUCGAGGUCAAACUCAAGGGGAAUGUACUACACAAUCAUGCAUGCGGCUGUUCCCAGUGUUAUAAGCCCGAAGGCGCGCUCUUCUCUAUCGUCGGCGUCAUCCCCGACGACCAGGUCGAGGUGACCAAGAACGGCGACAAACUGGCUGUCGUGGACGAAAACGCCACGAUCUUGCGCUACGCCUGCAAGGACUGCGGGGUGCACCUGUACGGGCCCAUCAAGAAGGACCAUGCCUUCAAGGGCUUGAGCUUCGUGCACGUCGACCUGUCGGACGACAAGGGCUGGCAGGAGCCCCAGUUCGCCGCGUUUGUGAGCAGCUUGAUCGAGCAAGGCUACCCGCCGGAGAAGAUGGGCGAGGUGCGGGACAGGCUCAGGGAGAUUGGGCUGGAGCCGUAUGAUGCGCUCUCGCCGGCGCUCAUGGAUGCCCUGGCGACUUUCAACGCCGAAAAGAGCGGGAAACGCAGCAGAUUGUGAUCGCAGAUUGUGACUGCAGAUUGUGAUCUGAGGUGACGAGCGAGGAAGGCUGAAAAGCAGGGAGGUGUUGCCUCUGGUUCACUCACGUGGGCGAGCUCCCAAGACGUCACUUAUUAAGAAUACGUUCAUAGUCUGAAUCAAAAGUUUAUCUCAUGAGCAGGC